UCAAAAGCCAAACCCCUUUAGAGGGACAUCCUCGUCGUUCUUCUGUUCUCCGACGAUUAGGGUGCCGAAAUAAUCGGCAAAAUAUCUUCUUUGCCUAAUUGUGUUCCAUUUGACUUUAACUUCUUCAGAAUUUCCUUUGGCCUGCUGUAAUUAGAGGAUUCUCUGUAGGCUUGUUGCAGAAAUUAGCAGAAUAAAGAUAUUAAUUGCACUUAAAAUUGCGAGUUGGUUCUUUUUCAUAAACCAUAUGAUCCGAAUACAUCAACGAUGGACCCGAUAAUUCGAACUCUACCUCCACCCUCAUCGCUGUCCCCAUCAGUUGUUUCUUUCCUCAACGCCAAACUCAACACAAGAGAAGACCUUGAUCAGGCUCCGAGUCUUGUUUCGGAGCUCCGAAAUCAGUGUCAUGCCCUCGAUCAAAGCCUUUCGGAUCUCAACACGCAGCUCCGGAACUAUCUCAUCAACUACGCUUCCCAUUCGGAUCGAACUGGUGCUCUUCUCCGCGAUAUAAAUUCCAAUUUGGGAGAUCUUCUGUCUGCUUCUUGCUCUGCAGCUUCUUCAUCAGAUGGAGGAUCAGGGAAGGUACUGGGGGAGGAGCUACCGGCUUUGGCUAAGGAGGUUGCUAGGGUUGACACUGUGCGAACCUAUGCAGAGACAGCAUUGAAGCUUGAUACUUUGGUUGGUGACAUUGAAGAUGCGGUCUCCUCCACCGUGAAGAGAACUUUGAGGAGAGAACCAUCUGCUAAAAGUUCAGAAGAGAUGCGAGGUGUUGCUAUCAGAACACUGAAGUUAACUGAAGACACACUAAGAUUCGUAGCAAAAACAUAUCCUCAGUGGACACGUCUUGUGUUAGCAGUUGAUCAUAGAGUUGAUCGAUCUCUAGCCAUUUUAAGACCUCAGUCCAUUGCAGAUCACAGAUCACUUCUCACUUCCCUUGGCUGGCCGCCACCUCUGUCCACUUUAAAUUCUUCGGGCACAGAGUCAAAGCAGUCAGCUGAUGUCCAGAACCCACUUUUCACAAUGAAAGGGGACCUUAAACAACAAUAUUGUGAAAGUUUUCUAGCAUUAUGCAGUCUGCAGGAACUGCAAACCCACUUUGGGCCAUUGAAGAAGCUUAUGGAAAACUUAGACAAACUUUCAUCAUUUUCUGUAUUUUGUGACAGGCCUGAUUGGCUUGACUUGUGGGCUGAUAUAGAGCUUACUGAUGCAUUUGAUAAAUUAAAACCUGAGAUUGAGAAUGAAAGAAGUUGGUCGAUGGAAGUUCGUGGAGUUGCUGUUCUAUCAGCCCAAGAAGACAACAAGUCCCCAGCGAUUGCCGGUGCAUUUCAUCAGCGGUUGUCGGCUGUUAUUGAUCGUUGUCGAUCACUGCCUAGCAUAACGUUGAGAUCAAGAUUUUUGAAAUUGACAGGUCCACCAAUUAUACACAAGUUUUUGGGUAGUCUGCUUUUCAGGUGCCAAGAAGCCGAAGGAUUAACUGCCUUGACAGAUGAUGAUGCUUUGAUGAAAGUUGCAAAAUCUGUAAAUGCUGCACGCUACUUUGAGUCUAUUUUAAAUGAAUGGUGUGAGGAUAUCUUCUUUCUUGAGAUGGGGCUGAACCAGGUUACUCAAUUGGACACAUCUACUGAUGGAAAUGACUUCUGUUCAGAAGAAUCAUCUGGCAAUGGAAUUCUUUAUGAAGAAAUUAAGAAGCUGGAAGAAUUUAGAACUAGCUGGGUCGAGAAGUUGUCUGUGGUAGUUUUGAGGGGAUUCGGUGUUUGCUGCCGAGAUUAUCUAAAGAACAAGAAGCAAUGGCAGGAAAAAGGUGAAGAAGGGUGGAUGGUAUCCCAGUCUUUUGUUGGGGCACUAGAUUAUCUGCAAGGAAAGAUGUCAGUACUUGAAAAAGCUUUGAAUAGAAUGGAUUUUGUUGGGGUCUGGAGAAGUUUGGCCCCUGGGCUGGACAAGUUAAUUUUUAAUGGUAUUUUAAUGACCAAUGCUAAGUUCUCUGACGGUGGAGUUGAGAGGCUUAGCAAUGAUUUAACAGUUUUAUUUGGGGUGUUCGGAGCUUGGUGUUUAAGACCUGAGGGUUUCUUCCCCAAGCUGAGUGAAGGUCUAAAGAUGUUGAAAAUGGGAAAGAAGCAGCUCCAGAAUUGUUUGGCGGGAGGUGAAAUAUGGUUGAAAGAGAACGGGAUAAGGCAUUUGACAGCAAUCGAGUCAGAAAAAGUAGCUAAGAAUAGGAUAUAAACUUGUUCCCUGUAUAAGCUCUAGUUUUUGAAGUAUUCCAGGAGAGGUUUACCAAAUUUAGCAGAGAAACAUGGGAAGGAGUGCUCGGUUUUGCUGUAGUCAUUCUCACAGUUAUAGUUAUGCUCACAUUUUCUUCGGUGAACUGUAUUUUAAAGGAAGAAUUAUGUUUCAGCAGCAAAUCGCAGGGAAAUGAACUGUUUAUUACUAUGAACUUAGUAUCAUCUUGAUGAACUUUUUUUUUUGGU